AUGGGCCUAGAUAAAAGAAACUGGCCUCUAAGUGAUAUUGAAAAAGCGAAGAUUUUGUUUGCGCUUUUAAAGGCCAUUGGUGAACCAUAUCAUGGACUUUCUACAAAAAUAGUUUUUAAAGACCUUGGAAUUUAUGAUCCGGGAAAGGUACUUGAAUACUAUAAUGAGCGAUACAAAAUUAACAAAGAUUCAGUUGCAAAUAUUGCCACACGCUUGUUAUAUGAUGAUAACGGGAAAAAUUCGGCGGAGAAACUCAGCGAAGAAAAUAUAUUGGAAGAUGAUGAUGAUGAAGAAAAAGAAGGAGAAGAAGAAGAGGAAGAAGAAGAAGAAGAAGAAGAAGAAGAAGAAGAAGAAGAAGAAGAAGAAGAAGAAGAAGAAGAAGAAGAAGAAGAAGAAGAAGAAGAAGAAGAAGAAGAAGAAGAAGAAGAAGAAAAAGAAGAAGAAGAAGAAGAAGAAGAAAAUUUCACAGAGCAACUUAGCGAAGAAAAUAUCUUGGAAGAUGAUAUACCGGAUUUUGAAGACCAAGAUUUAGACUUUUUAAAUCUUGACCAAAAAUUCAUUGAAGAUGAUGAGUUUUAUGACAACAUUGUUGAUGAAUACUUUAAACCACAACAAACAGUUAUUAUCGCAAGUGACUCAGCAACUACUCUGGCCGAUUCUUCGGUAAAAACCAAGGCACAUGCUAUUGAAAGCACUCAAUCUAACUCUGAUAGCGAAACUUUUCCAAAUUCAGAGCCUAAUCAAGUAGAAGUUGAUGAUAGUCAAAUCUCUGAGCUUUUAUCUUCAGUCAUUGAAAUGAUUGCUCUUCAAGAUAAAAGAUUCUCACACGUUCCUAGACUUUCCAAUAAAAAGAAUUAUGCUUCUGACAAAUGGAUUAGAGGGCCCAAACUUAGAGCUCUUCGUCAAGAACUUAUAUCAUAUGUUAAGAUGCAUGAAAGUUUACCAGGUGGUAUUUCAGUAUUAGAAAUGCUUUUGUUUUCCAAGAUCAAGAAGAUUUGUCAUUUUACUGUUAAAACUGGAAAAGUUAAUCCGAAUUCUGAGCCUAUCAUUUCGUACACAACAUAUAAAGUUAGAGCCAAAGAAGCUGGAAUUAGGUAUACAAAGGCCAGUGCAUUAAAAGGAUUUCCAGAGCAUAAUAAUAGAGAAAAUCUCAAAGAACUUUUUCCCAAAGCUAAAUUUGUUGAAAGUGAUGGUGUAAAAAUGUUACGCCGUGGUGACUGGUCUACAGGAUUUGAAGUUGUUUAUUUUUGCAGCAAUAGAUGCAUGGCAUUUACGGGUUCUAGUAGUGAUUUGACAGAAUGUGCCCAAUGUGGGAAGGCUCGUGAUCCGAUGUAUAGAUAUUUUUACUUCUCACCUCGUGAAAAAGUCAGAGAUUUUUUUGAAAACACAGGCUUGUCUAGGGUCAUUAAGGAUGCCCACAAGCGACAAAAAAAUGAAGGAGAAGUAGAAGACUUUUUUGAUGGCCAACUUUAUAAGCUUCUUUCACAGAUAUUCAUUCAAAAAGCUCAAUUAGGUGAAAAUUAUCAACAAAAAAUAUCUCUCAAAUAUUUUGAAAGUCCGUGGGAUUUAGCUUUUUUGAUAUCGUUUGAUGCUGUUCCGGUGAAGUUUGGCAACUCUUCUUAUAAUAUUGUUGUUGCUCGAUGCUUAAAUCUACCUCCUGAGAAGCGUAAUAAACCAUCAAAUACAAUAACAUUGAUGGCAUUUCCCUCUGGAAUUGAUCUAGCUGCUAAAAAAAAGAAAAAUCAGCAGUAA